CUCCCGUCAUGCCGCGCGGCCGGGAGCGGAACCGGAAGCGCGCGCGUCUCUGGCCGCCCACCCCGCGGAUGGGCGGGAGGAGGCGGGGCGGCGGCGAGAGGCGGGGCGUCGCGGAGGAAGAGGCGGGGCGGCCCCGGAGCAGCGGCGCCGAGCGGCCCGGCGAGCGGGAGGCGCCCAGGGCUGGAGCCGCCCGACGCCGCCCCGCCAGCCCCGCCGCCGCCGCCUGGGCCGGGCAAGAUGCCCCGCCGGAAGCAGCGCCACCCGCAGCCCGUCAAAGUGGACGCGGCGGGCGCGGCGGUCGAUCCUCCGGGCGAGGAGGGCCUGGCUCCGCCGGGCGCCUUCCUCUCGGAGCACGAGCUGGAGCUGGAGGACGAGGACGACGAGGAGGAGAGCGGCGCCGCCGGCCUCGCCUUCGAGAAGGACUCGGAAGGAAAGGGACGGGCCGAGGUGAGGAUGCCCCCCGCUGCCCCCCUGAUGCCCCCUCCUUGUGUGCCGCAGACUCCCUUGGGGGGACGCCCGGACUCUCGUCCUAUGUGCUGAGCGAUGAGGAGUUCCCGCCGCUGUGCCAGGCCCAGGACAAUGGCAAGGGGCCCGGCCAGGCUUGCCAGCACUGCGGCCUGCCUGCCCCUGCCUCUGCUGCCUGCUGCCCGCCAGAGGAUGAAGAGCUGGAGGAGGAGGAGGAGGAGGAAGGUUCCGCCAAGGGGCGGGUGGUCUUCUCCUGCCAGCUGUGCCCCUUUGCCUCGCACUACUCCAGCCACCUCAAGCGCCACAUGAAGACCCACAAUGGGGAGAAGCCCUACCGCUGCCCGCACUGCCCCUACGCCUCGGCCCAGCUGGUCAACCUGACGCGCCACCUGCGCACCCACACGGGAGAGAAGCCCUACCGCUGCCCCACCUGCCCCUUCGCCUGCAGCAGCCUCGGCAACCUCAAGAGGCACCAGCGGGUCCACGGCCAGGAGCGCCCGCUGCGCUGCGGCUCCUGCACCUGCCGAUGUGCCCGGGGCAACCCCCUGCGGCGCCACAGCCCCGGGGCGCAGGGGGAGUCGGAGGCAGAGAUGGAGGGGCCAGCGGCUGCGGAGCAGGAGACAGAGCCUCCGCUCUUGGCCCCGGGCUCCCCAUUCCUGAGGCCCGAGGACUCUGCGGCCGUCCUCCCGGAGCUGCUCUUCCCCUUCACGUGCCGGGCGUGCGGACUGGUCCUGGAGGCGGACGAGGGCCUGGGCGAACCGGUGUGCGGGCGCUGCAGCCUGGCCGUGCUGGGGGCGGAGCAGUCGUCGCCCAAGGGCUUCUCGUGCCAGCUGUGCCCCUUCGUCACCACCUACCCCAACCACCUGGCGCGGCACAUGAAGACGCACAGUGGGGAGAAGCCCUUUGCCUGCGCCCUGUGCCCCUACGCCUCGGCACACCUCGACAACCUCAAGCGCCACCAGCGGGUGCACACGGGAGAGAAGCCCUACAAGUGCCCGCUGUGCCCCUACGCCUGCGGCAACCUGGCCAACCUCAAGCGCCACGGCCGCAUCCACUCGGGGGACAAGCCCUUCCGCUGCCGCCUCUGCUCCUACUCCUGCAACCAGAGCAUGAACCUCAAGCGCCACAUGCUGAGGCACACGGGAGAGAAGCCCUUCCAGUGCCGCAUCUGCCCCUACACCACCGGCCACUGGGACAACUACAAGCGCCACCAGAAGGUGCACGGCCAGGGCCUGCCCGAGGAGGAGGGGGGCCCCAGCCUGGACAGCAGCCUGCCUUGAGGGCCCGCGGGGGAGACCGCAGGCACCCGCCACACCAAGGCACCCGCCUCCCCGCGGGUGUCUCUGCAUAGGAAUAGGCUCGGACGGCAGGAGGAGAAAGAGGGGGCCUCUUCCACUUGCCAAACAAGCCCCCACCCCCAGGACUGGGGGAAGCAGCUGUAGGGACCUUGGGGGGGGGCAGUGCAGUUCGUGCCGGCAGCGGAGCACUGGGACCUCCUUGGCCAAAACGUGGCUGGGCACUGCCUGCUCCUG